CAGGUCCUCCCCAUCCCCGAGCUGGUUCCCUUCCGCCUGACCCCUCAGCUGCUGGGGGCGCUGCAGCCGCAUGCGGGCAGGCAGCUGCUGGCACCCGGGCUGGCGGCGGCACUGGGGGCGGCGUGCGGGGCGCGGCAGCUGCUGGGGGCCAUACUGGAGGUCUUCCUUCGUGAGCCGGUUGCCGACUGGCAGGACGAGGCCAUGCGGCUGCGGGGAGGACAGAAGCACCCCCAGCAGCCCGGAGGUGGCUGUGGGGGGGCGGGUAACGGAGGCGAUGGCAAUGGCGGCAACGGGGACGGCGGAGGGGACAGCGGCGCACCGGAGGAUGCGGGGCUGGAGGAGGAGGGCGGCGAUGAGGGCCAGGCACUGGCCGCCAAGCUGGCACGUAGCAGGGUCGCCACCGCGCUUCAGAAGCUGUCCCGCCGCCACCCCUCGCUCAUCACGCUGGACGAGCUGGCAGCCCGGCACGCAGCGCUGCCACACUUCCCCGCGCUGCGGGAGGUGGUGCGGGGCAGCGCGCGGGGGCACGGGACCUACAGGGGCAGGGAGGAGCUGCUGCAGCGUGACGGCCCGCUGUCCCCCGCUGAGCUGGCGGGCUGCCUGCUGGAUCAGGCCACCGACCCCAACCUGCUGGGACGUAUGUACCUGGGCUGGAGGCCCUACCUGUGAUGAGAG